AUGCUUAUAUAUCUUGUUUUAUCGUUAAAUAUAUUAGUAUGUCUAUGUAUAUUAAAUACAAAAUAUGAAAUCCAAUUAGAUUAUAGUAUGCCUAGUGAAUUACUUAACAUACCUAACAAUAAAAAAUAUACAAACAUAACAAUUGGCAAUGACUCUUUUAUAUGCUUACUGACUAAAGCAAACAAUGAUAAUACUGAAAAUAUAUGCGAUUUAAAUAAUUAUUUUUUUAAUGAUUUUAAAUCGAAUGAUAUUGACAAUUAUGUACAAAACAAACUAAAAAAAAAUUAUCUUUUGGAAUAUGCAAAUAAUAGAUUAAAUUAUGUAACUUAUCCAAACUAUCAAAAUGAAGUAUCGAUAGAUUCAACACUGGACCCUACAACCGAUCUCUCAAAUAAUGGAAGUGAUAUUGAAAAUGAAAAAAAUAAGAGAGACUCAAAUGUGAAACCGGACAAUAUCACCAAUAAGAAGACUGAAACUAAUGGAUAUAAAAGUAUUAACAAUAAUUUGACAAAAAAAAAUACACAAAAUGAAGAUAAUGAUUUAUCCAGUUUUUAUUAUAAAAAAAAGUAUCAACGUAAUGGAAUAAGCAUAUGUGAUAUAUUAAAAUGCAGAUUCGAAAAAUUAUACGAUUAUAUUUUUUAUAAACGUAAAAUAAAUGUAUAUCACAAGAAUCGAACAUAUGAAAGUAUAAAUAAUAAUAUAGCAGUUAAAAAUCAUAUAAUAAAGGGAAAAAUGUUAUCUAUAAAUAAUUUGUGUAUCGAAGUAUUUUCAUACCAUCAAAAUAUAUUAAAAUUAUGUAUAAAUAAAUAUAUAAUUUUUAUGGCAAAUAAUAAUUUAAAUAAAUAUGAUCAACAUAAAUCUACAUCACCCUAUUUAAAUAAUAAUGAUCUAUUAUUUAGUAAUAAUACCGUUGUACAAUAUUACACCGAUGGGGAAUACAUGUUUGAGGUAUUAUAUUUAUGUGGUGAUAAUAAUUUAAAAGUUAAUGGGUUUUCUAAAUUAGAUAAAAUAUAUUACCCAUUAAUAUUUAGAAUAUAUAUACACACUAAUACAAAUUUGUCAAAACUUUAUAAUAUCAUUUUAAAAAAAUUAGAUAAUGAAAUUUAUUUUUUUAAAACAUUUAAUCAAUAUACUUAUAGCAAUUUGUAUUAUAAAACAUUAAAAGAUAAAUUAAAUAAAAUUAUAAAUUCAAAAUAUCCAAAUAUAAAACAUAUAUAUCGUAUAACUUUGAGUGCAUAUAUGUUUUGUAAUUAUACAGAUAAAAUAAAUCCUCCUAAUCAUUUUUUAUUACGAAAUAUAAUGAAUAAAUGCUAUACUUUUGUAAAAAAUGAUGAUUAUGUAUAUGAAGUAUGUUUACCUAAUAGUGUUAUUAAAUAUAAAAAAACAGAAUAUGGAGAUAUAGAAUAUCCUAUAAUCCCUUUAGGUCUUUCUUCUGUUUCAACAAAUGAAGGUAUUCCAUUUUAUGAAAAAGCAUAUGAUAUUUUUCCAGUACUAAAAACAAAUUAUAAUUUAAGCAAAGAAAAUUAUUAUUAUAUAAAAAUGGAAGAAAUGAAUCAAAGUUAUAGAAAUUAUAUCAAAUCAAAGAUGCAAAAAAAAUCGAAAAAUAAAAAAAAUUCUAAAAAUCUUGAAAAUAUAACACAUAGUUCAUCACAAAAAUUAAAUGAUCCAUUUUUGUCUACCCCAUUGAAUAAUAAAUCAGCCAAUUUAAUAUCACAUACUUCAUUUUACGACUUCUUUUUUUAUAAAUUAUUUUCAAAUAAUUAUUAUUCAGCAUUAAAUAAUGCACAUUAUAUUAGUACAUAUAUGGUAGAUAAACCAUAUGAAACACUCAAAACAGAUACUGAAUAUUUUUAUAAAGUAUUAGCUAUAGAUUUAAAAGGAGGCAAAUGUAAAACAUCACUAGAUGAAAUAUAUGAUCACAUAACUACGAUUUAUUUUGUUUGUUCAUUACACUAUAAUAAUGAAUCAUACACAAAAGUUGUUGAAAUUUAUACAACAACAGAAUGCCAUUAUUAUGUGCAUAUAGCAUCCCCUUAUUUUUGUGCUCACCCUACAUUACACACAGCAAUAAAAGCACAAAAACAUGCGAUAAAAUGUUUCAAAAAUUCAAAUGCAGCAAGUUCGAGAACCCCAAAUAAUAACUAUCUAUAUAAUAAUAAUAAUAAACAUUACAAAAAUACAAAAAGCCAACAUAAAGAUAUAAAUUAUGAAAAAACUAUUUCAAAUAAUUUAAAAAAAAAUAGUAACACAUAUCAAGACUCAUUAAGUAAUUACAAUUAUGUUACUAAUGGUAAUAACAAUUAUUCUUAUAGUGGUUAUAAUAAUUUUGGAUUUUUAGAAGCUUUACCUAAAGAUAAACAAAUUGAAUUUGGAAAAAAUUAUGACUUUGGCUUAGGAAACUAUAUAAGAAAUAGAGUAUAUAAAAGUACUCCGAUUUUUCAUAUUGGAAAUAUAGUUAAACAUAUAUACUGGAAUUAUCAUGCAGUAAUUAUUAGUUGGGAUUAUGUUUGCUAUGCUCCUAAUGAUUGGAAAAAAAAACUGUUUUCAGAAUAUCCGACUGCUUAUCAAAAUUCUGUGCAUUACCUCAUUUUGGUUAGCACUAAUAAAGAACAAGUAGAGCAUAACAGUAUAGAAACAAAUAAUUUAUUAAAUGAAAAAAAAAACAAUUCUCGUGAUCAUAAUUCUAAUAUUCAAUCAGGUGAAAAAGAAAAUGUGGAUUUAAAGUCAUACCAACAAAAUGAUGAGCAAUUAUAUUUUGCAUAUGUACCUGAAUCAAGCUUAGUUUAUAGUGAUCAAAAGAUUUACAACAAAUAUUUGCAUCACUUUUUUGAAAGAUAUAAUGAUUUCUUUCAUUUUUAUAUUCCUAAAAAAAAUCAUAUCCUAUGGAAACUAUUCCCUUAUGACUUUUUCAGUUUUAUAUAA